GACGCGAUCUCCGCCCAAGGCACUGGUUCCUCACCUUACUCCGGUCGUGGUACAUGGUUCACUGACAAGGUUGGCUCGUGCGGUACUCCCUUCGACACUAACGACAUGAUCGUCGCCAUGAAUGCUCAUCAGAUGGGUGGCACUUCCCAGUGCGGAAAGACCGUCAAGAUCCACUCUGGAGGCAAGACCGUCACUGCUCGCGUAACUGAUACUUGCCCAGCUCAAUUCUGUGCUCCCGGCUCGUUGGAUCUAAGCCAGGCUGUCUUCAAGCAAUUUGCUCCUCUCACCCAGGGCGUCGUCCAGAUCCAAUGGGAGUUU